CUGCGGUUGCCAAAAUAAUAGGUGGUAAUGUAAAAAAAUUGCAAAAAUUUGCUUCCACAGUGAAGAUGUGGGUCUUUGAGGAGAAUAUUAAUGGGAGAAAACUGACGGAUAUAAUAAAUAAGGAACAUGAAAAUGUAAAAUAUCUCCCUGGAUACAAGCUGCCAGAAAACGUGGUUGCUGUCCCAAACCUUAAUGAAGCUGUACAAGAUGCCGACUUGCUGGUUUUUGUCAUUCCUCAUCAGUUCAUUCAUAAAGUCUGCGAUGAAAUCACAGGACGAGUACCCAAGAAAGCUCUUGGUAUAACUCUCAUAAAGGGAAUAGAUGAAGGCCCGGCGGGACUCAGACUGAUCUCUGACAUUAUUCGGGAGAAGAUGGGAAUAGACAUCAGUGUGCUGAUGGGAGCUAACAUUGCCAAUGAGGUGGCAGCAGAGAAAUUCUGUGAAACCACAAUAGGCAGUAAAGUCUUGGAAAAUGGCCUUCUCUUCAAAGAACUCCUGCAGACUCCAAACUUCCGGAUAACUGUAGUAGAUGAUGCAGAUACGGUUGAGCUUUGUGGUGCUCUGAAGAAUAUAGUAGCAGUAGGAGCUGGGUUUUGUGAUGGCCUUUGCUGUGGUGACAAUACCAAAGCUGCCGUUAUUCGCCUUGGCCUAAUGGAGAUGAUUGCCUUUGCCAGAAUUUUUUGCAAAGGACAGGUGUCUACUGCCACUUUCCUGGAGAGCUGUGGAGUUGCUGACCUCAUCACAACGUGUUACGGUGGCCGGAAUCGACGUGUAGCAGAGGCAUUUGUUAAAACUGGAAAGUCUAUUGAACAAUUGGAGCGAGAAAUGUUGAAUGGUCAGAAACUGCAAGGACCACAGACUUCUGCAGAAGUGUAUCGCAUCCUCAAGCAGAAGGGAAUGCUGGAAAAGUUUCCACUAUUCACUGCUGUGUAUCAAAUCUGCUAUGAAGGGAAGCCUGUCACAGAGAUGAUAUCCUGCCUUCAGAGUCAUCCAGAGCACCUAUAAAGCCCAUCAGGCCACCGUACUAAUGCAGCUUUUUGCCUUUCAAGUUUACGUCUGGGCUCCAGUGGAUAUAUCUUUGCCUGGUUCAAAGCUGCUCACUAGGCACCAGUAAUAACAUGAAUGUCUCUGAAUGGGCGUUGCCUUUGGUUAUACAGCCUAGUUUGUCAUA